AUGUUUCGGAGUCAGCAAAUUACACGUUUGUUGUUGGAAAAGGAAGAACUAGAUGAUUGUCUGCUUAAUGCUGAUCAUUCCGAGUGGUAUUGUAUUGACAGGAAUGCUGUAACUUCGUAUAUGCAAAAAAAAUUCCAUCAAUUCUCCAUGGAUGAUGGUGUGGAAACGUUUCUAAACGAUUCUCGUGAGACUAGUAAUUCACUAUGUUUACAGGUCUGGUAUACAUUUCUUACUUCGUUUUUGUCAAUAGUACUGACGAAAACAAGCAUUAAUGGUGUCCUGGGUCGAGGUGGUAUGCAUCUUUUCUCCCUCAGUCAGUUGCAAGAAUUUUUGGACGUUUCAGCUGAAUGGGUUUCUCACGAUAAAGAGCUUCUGGAUUUGGGUGCUGGAGAUGGUCAGAUAACUACCAUAAUGGCACAACUAUAUAGAACUGUUUCAGUUACAGAAGCGUCGAAGAUAAUGGAAUGGCGCUUGAAGCAACGUGGAUUCAAAGUUGUUCCAAUGAAUAUGUGGUAUCAGUAUGGGACGUAUCAUUUGGUUUCAGCACUCAAUCUGCUAGAUCGUCAUUACAAUCCAUCUUUGUUAUUAGCUCAACUACACUCAGUAACUCUACGCUCAGAAUCAUUGCUGUUGUUGACUGUUGUCUUACCAUUGCAUCAGUAUGUGGAAUUUCAUCCUACAAGUCGAGCAAAUCGACCAGAUGUAAAAAUCACGAUCAAAGGUGAAACGUUCGAAGAGCAGGCGGGUUCGUUAGUCGCAGAUAUUCUGGAACCAGCAGGAUUUGAGUUACUUAAAUGGGGCAAACUGCCAUAUUUAAGCGAAGGAGAUUUCAGAAGACCAUUUUACCAUCUUGACGAUGCUGUAUUUUUGCUAAAACCAAGAAAGACCAGCUCUGCUGGAAACGGUUCCUCGGAUAUCUUCACAGAAGAUUCGGUGCUGAAUCGAGAUUUCACUUCAUUUCAAAACUGUAAUUAG